ACCCACUUUCUAGAGGAAAAAAAAAAGAAUUAGAUCAAUCACACACACACAUACACACAAAAAAUAGUGGAUUCCUCCACGAAAAUGGCAGCCACUAGAGUGCUAACAACAGCUGCUGUAGUAGCAGCAUCCGCUGGCCAAACAACGACGUCGUGUUUAUUCACAAAUCGACCUUUUCUUCUUCCGACAACAACACGUAAAGCUUACGGCUUUAACGGUCUCUGCUUCAACAACAACAACAAGAGAUCAUCAUCCUUAGUGGUGGUGAAAUCUUCUAAUAAGAGACCCUUUUCUUGUAAUGCCAUUUACAAUCCUCAGGUUCAGACAAUCCAGGAAGGCCAAUCUGAUUCCCUAGAUUACAGAGUUUUCUUUCAAGAUGGCUCCGGUAAGAAGGUAUCUCCAUGGCAUGAUAUACCAUUGCAUUUAGGAGAUGACGUUUUUCACUUUAUAGUGGAAAUCCCUAAAGAGUCCAGAGCUAAAAUGGAGGUUGCUACUGAUGAAUCUUUCACUCCUAUUAAGCAAGACACUAAGAAAGGGAAGCUCAGAUAUUAUCCUUACAACAUAAACUGGAACUAUGGAUUGUUUCCACAAACAUGGGAAGAUCCAACUCUGGCAAACUCUGAGGUUGAAGGUGCUUUUGGAGAUAAUGAUCCUGUUGAUGUUGUUGAGAUUGGUGAAAGUCAAAGGAAGACUGGUGAGGUUCUAAAGGUGAAGCCUUUAGCUGCUUUAGCUAUGAUUGAUGAAGGAGAGCUAGAUUGGAAGAUUGUUGCCAUUUCUUUAGAUGAUCCUAAAGCUCAUCUUGUGAAUGAUGUUGAUGAUGUUGAGAAGCACUUCCCAGGUACUCUUACAGCUAUUAGAGAUUGGUUUAGAGACUACAAGAUCCCAGAUGGGAAGCCUGCUAACAAGUUUGGUCUUGGAAACAAACCAGCAAAUAAAGAUUAUGCUUUGAAGAUCAUUCAUGAGACGAAUGAAUCAUGGGCUAAACUUGUCAAGAGAUCAGUUUCUCCUGGAGAACUUUCACUUUUCUGAAACAGUUUCAAGAUAAUCUGAGUAAUGUUCUCAUCCUUGAGUGAAAACUUUUUCUUUCUUUUUUUUUGAUGAAAUUUGAACAAUUGAGAUGCUUUUUAGCUGAUUGAACGAAUGAGAAAUAACAUCAACAUAUCAUAUUUUAUGUU